AUGCAUCCGCCCAAACCCUGGUCUAAAACAACUGAACCAACAUCUUAUGAUCAAAUCUAUAAAUUUCUCGAACAAGAACUUAAUGAAUGUGCAGCCUACAUUGAUGAUAUUGAAAGUGACUACUAUGACGAGACAUCAGCAUCCGUAAAUAUCAAACCUAAAGCCCAAACAGCUAGACGAUCACAAGCUGUCAAUGCACUUAUUGCCUGGUCAGCUCCGUUAAAUGAAUUACGUAAUGCACGUUUAUUAAGUGAUCUUCGUAAUGGAAAAACAGUACGAGAUCUAUUAAAUGAAGCGCGAACAGGUAAUUUCGGUGAUUCAAUAUCUGAUGAAAGUGUAAAUUUAAUGAAACGUAUUAUGGAAAAAACAACCGAUCAACUUCAAUCAAAAAUGCUUGUUUUAACAAAUAAAUUACAUGAAUGUACAAAUUUAAUGGAACAAUAUUUUCUUUCAUUUUAUGAUAUUGAAAAUAUUCAAGAAGUUGUUCAAAAACGAAAAAAUGAUAGACCACCUGAUGAAUAUGUUGAAACUGCGUAUACAUAUGAAAAAUCUCGUUGGACACAUAUAUUUCAAGUGAAUAAAUCUUUGAAGAUUGUAUCUGAAAUGCAACAACGUAUUGAAGAUCAAAAAGGAAUUUUUAUAUCAUCUUUAUCAAAAGAAUGUCAAGAAUUAGCUGUUCGUUGUGAUUGUACAUCACUUUCAUAUAUAUUUGCAUUACCAGAAUGCUAUAUUGAAGCUCGUCGAGCUGUAGCUGCUCUUCGAACAUGGUUGAAUGAAGAUACAAAAUAUACAUCAUUCAUACAAACAUCUUUGAAAGUACUUGAUGAUAAAUAUGUUAAUGCAAAAAAAGAUUUUGAAUUCGGUAAAGCACAUCUUAGUCAUGUUGAACAUCGAAUUGAUGCAUUUCAACUACAAUUAAGUAAAACUGAACAAGAAAAUGAAAUAAAUACUAAAAAACUUGAGGAACUUGAAGAACGUCUAGAUGUAAAAGAACGUGAAUAUUUAUCAAAACGUUUAACAAGUGAAGUCUAUGAAGAUCAACUAAAAAAAAUGUUACAACAAGCUGAAGAAUCAAACGAUGGUGUUGAUAAUCGUUUAUCGAUUGAAAGAUUUCAACAAGAAAUUAAACAAUUUUCAAGAGAAUUACCGAAAUUAAAAUCACAAAUGGAAACGGUUAAAGGACGUAUUGAUUUUUUUAAACAACGUAAACAAGAAUUAGCAACGAUGCGUACUGAAAAUAAACGACUUCAACAAGAAGUACAAGCAGCAUUAGAAGAGAAAAUUCUUAAAGAAAAUGAAUUUAAUCGUGUUAUUAGUUGUCGAGAUAUUAUGCGAAAUAUAUUUCGAUGCCGUUCUACAAAUGAUUUACCACAGAAAAUCUUCUAUUCUUUACCUUUAAGAUCAAAACGUGUAGGCGAAACUAACAAUGACGAUCUUGCUAAAGCCAUGCGUCUUGCAUCGAAUAAUAUUGGCCGAGAUUGGACUCGACUGUAUUGGGAAUUACCAUUUUAUCCAGCACGUGGUCAAGAAGAAAUAUCGAAAGAUAUUGAAUAUAUUGAUGAUAAAUAUCAUCGUGGGGAUGUAUUUCAAGCUCAAGCAACAGAUGCAUUAAAUAAAUGGCGACGUCUUCAUACACGUGCAGUUCUUGAUGAUUUAGUUCAAGCACUUCGUAAAGCACGUCGUUUGGAUAUAGUACACACAAUUGAACGACGUAUACUUAAACCAAAACAUUCAAUAACUGAUAUACAUGAAGAUAUUGAUCCACGAAAAAAAGAAAUUGAUGAUUUAAAUAGGAAAUUAAAUCAUUUAUUUGAUAAAAUUAAAUCAGGGUCUAUUGUUACACAUGAAACAUAUGCUUAUUCAACUAUUGGCAUUGCCCCGUUAAGACCGGUUAGAAGACACCGACCUUUGGUUAAACAUUGA